GCGAUGGACAGCAACGUGGUGCAGAUUUUUAAGGAGGACAAAUGCCCCUUAUCUCACCCCGAGAAGUGUUUACCCAACUUCACAUGGCAGUCUGCUGUCUCGGACAUUUAUAACUAUUCGCUGAAUGAAAGCUGGACGAACGAACAGGAAACGAUGUCCCCCAUCAUUCCGAUAAUUGCUGCCGUGUACUCUGUGGUGUUUGUUGUCGGACUAGUGGGAAACUGCCUUGUGAUGUUUGUCAUUAUCAGAUACACUAAAAUGAAAACCGCCACCAACAUCUACAUCUUCAACCUGGCUGUUGCCGACGCCUUGGUAACCACCACCAUGCCCUUCCAGAGCACAGAUUACUUACUGAAUUCCUGGCCGUUUGGUGAGGUUGUGUGUAAGGUUUUCAUCUCCAUCGACUACUACAACAUGUUCACUAGUAUCUUCACUUUGACCAUGAUGAGUGUGGACCGCUAUGUGGCGGUCUGCCACCCCGUCAAGGCCCUGGACUUUCGGACACCGAUGAAAGCUAAAAUCAUCAACAUCUUCAUCUGGGUGUUGUCCUCGGCUGCUGGGAUUCCUGCAAUGGUCCUUGGGAGCACUCAGACAAACAAUGGCACAACAGAGUGUGCUCUGCAGUUUCCAGACCCAUAUAUCUACUGGGACACAUUGAUGAAGAUCUGCGUCUUCAUCUUCGCCUUUGUGGCUCCUCUCCUCAUCAUCACCGUUUGCUACACGCUCAUGGUCCUGCGCCUUAAGAGCGUCCGCCUGCUGUCGGGCUCACGGGAAAAAGACCGCAACCUGAGACGCAUCACCCGCCUGGUGCUGGUUGUGGUCGCUGUGUUUGUGGUGUGCUGGACACCCAUACACAUCUUUAUCUUGGUCAAAGCUCUCGCGCCCGGAGUACCGGAGACCACAGCGGUCAUGGCCGCCUACUUCUUCUGUGUGGCGCUUGGAUACACCAACAGCAGUCUCAACCCCAUCCUGUAUGCUUUCCUUGAUGAGAACUUCAAACGGUGCUUCAGGGACUUCUGCUGCCCAGGUCGGGCCAAGGGGGACGGGCACGGCGUUAGUCGGGUCAGAAGCACUCUUCGCGAGCACACGUGCCCAGCAGAGGCCAAAGGGGACGGAGGCCACGGUCGACCUGUAUGACUAGCCGUGGAGCUGUCGUCCUUUCACGGUCGAGAGGACUCGAAUGACCUGGGACUGACACAGAUCACCACCUCCAUCUGAGGAAGAGAUUGUGCCCUUUACAUUUCAACACAACUAUUACUAGAGCCAAAAAGUGAUCUUUUAGCAAAAGCAUGGUCUUGUUUCGUAUGUCCAUAUUCAACUUUCAUCCCGUUUAAGGCCCUGUUUACACUAGUGCGUUUUCGUUUUAAAACACAUAAAUUUUGCUGCAGUUAUGCCUGUCGUUUACACUAAAAGCACAAAAACAGAGACUUUCGAAAACGCUGCAGAGCCGUUUUAGUUUGAAAACGCCGGGGUUGCGUUUCAGUAUAAACGGAGACUUCUGAAAACAAUGGUGUGGCUGCCCACAUUCGCUCUGCGUAUCCUUGACGAACGUGUAAACAAUAACAUGGAGACUGACCUGCAAUCUUUGCUGACUUUGUUGUAAUUUUUAGCAGCCAUUGUGCAGUUAAAGUCUGCAUAUUUUUAAUACUGCAGCUACCUGCACAAGAAGCAACUGUUUACACUUGUACGUGCGUGCCCAGUGUGCAUGAACGGUCAUGUGACAUGAGUUUUUAGUCAUGUAGUGUAGACGAAGAUUGUUUCUGAAACGAGGAUCAUUUUCAUUUUAAAACACCGUUUUAAAACGAAAACGCACUAGUGUAAACAGGGCCUAAAUUUUUUUUGAAUGUCCAUUGACCAAAGAUGAUGUAUGAUUAAAAUCUGGUCCCUCACAAUGAAAUGUCAUGCUUAAAGAUCCUUUUGCGUAAUGUUAUAAGUCCUUUGGGAUAGAUAGUAUAUUACUAGUCACUAGUAUAUAGUAUGCUUGGGUACACAUGAUAAAACACAGUGUAGAAAAAACAACAAACAAACCAUAUGUUUGCAUCUGUUUGUACUGUUAAUUGUUUAUUUGGGAUUGUAAAACAGUCAUGUUUUAUAUUAAAAAAAUAAAAAUUAAAAAUAAAUCAGUGUAUAAUAAUAAUCAGCAGUGUCACAUAAUUAUGACUCAGGAAACUAUAUAUCUCUAAUGAUGGAAAAAUAAAAAAUAAUGUAGGCUACAGCAGUUAGUGUUAUUGGAACUGCUUACUGCUUUAUAUUCUCUGUAUUUGAUUUAGAUUGAAGGAUUAUGUAUGAAAAAGAUUAUAAAGGAUUAUGCAUCUAAGUUGCCUUGGGAGUCUAAGGAUUUUUGUGCAUUUUUUUUUUUUUUUGGGCAUAGGGCUUUAAAACAACCAACUAAAGGACUGAAUCUACUUAGGUUGUUCUUGCUUAAUACAGUGUAUUAUAAUUUCUAUAAACCUAGAUGUACAUCUCUAUUGCAUGUCUGACAAUGAAAAUGUGGAAAUCUUUGAGUAACGUUUAUGUAAAUACAGCUUAUGAUUAAAAGAAACAAAAAAGCGUUUCUGUGAUAAAGUAGAAUGGCAGUAAAAUGUCUGAAGAAAACAGUUCAAACGUACGUGUUAGGUACUUUACACAUUGUUUUGUAUUGAUAUUGUUGAUAUAACAGUUGAUUUUAUGUAAGUGUUUCUAAUGCUGCCUUUAGGUGAUGUCUAUGGUUGUGUUUUAUAUAUAUAUAUAUAUAUAUAUAUAUAUAUAUAUAUUCACACACACACAUAUACAAGUAUAUAUAUUAUCACAGAACAGAGAAAUUGUGACAUUCUGCCUAAGAUGGCUUAAAAAUGUAAUAUCUUUUUUUUUUUUUUUUUUUACUUAUUUUUGUUCUUUGGGUGUGUGUGUGACUGGAUGCAGAGCAGUCUGUUAUUGUUAUUACUGAUGAGUAUUCACUCAUCAAAAGACAUAUUAUAACAUCAUCAGUGCUCUAAUGCCAUAACAGUAUUAGGAAUUAAUUGCAAAAUUCUUGUUUUGAAAAAUGUAAUGCCCUUUGUGCCUUUGUUUUUUGUAAAUCAAUAUAUAUUACAUUAUUUUGUUCAUCUUAGAUGCUUUAUGGUGUGAUAUUGGACAAUAAAGCGCAGAGUGAGAGAAGCUUCUGUAAGUUCCACUGUGCUUUCAGUAAUGUGUUUGUACUACUACUAUAUAUCAGCAGAUUUUGAAUGUGUUAGCAAGUUUCCCUCUCAGCUUGUGUUUCUAUAUAUGUGCAAUUUUUAAAAGGAAUUCAUUUGAAAUCGUAUGAAAUGAGCUUUGCUUUGCCAUCAGUUGUACCUUGCUUGUAUAAUAUUACCUGUAUUUGAAAAUUACAUUGUCAAUAAAUUGAACUGUAAGACGA